AUGACUGAUAACGAACAAAUUAAAAACUCCAAAGAUGAUAUCGAUGAAAAUGUCUCUUAUCGUUCUAAUGAAAAUGAUCUAAUAAAUAAUGUAUUGAAGAAUGAUAGAAAAAGAGAUUUUCUUGAUUGUUUACUUGGGUGUGCAUAUGGACAAGCUCUUGGUGAUGCUUAUGGUUUGUCUACUGAAUUCCAAACUGUUGCUCACAUAAAAAAUCUAUAUCCAAAUCCUGCUGAACUCAUUCCUUUUCCUGAUUAUAUUCCAAAUUCUCAUGCUUGUCGAUGGAAAAAAGGAGAUUGGACCGAUGAUACAGAUCAAUGGAUAUUGGUCAUGGAAGCAUUAAUGGAACCAGAUAAUAAUGCAAAAAUGUUUGCUAGAAAAUUAUCUUUGUGGGUUCGACAAGGUUUUCCAGAAUUCAACGAUUUCGGAGGACUUGGACUAGGAAUCAAUGUAGCAAAAGUGAUUAAUUCGAGUGGAUAUCUUGAAAAUCCAUUAGAAGCCAGUCGUAUCGUAUGGGAAGAGAGUAACCGUCAGGUCGCACCAAAUGGAGCUGUUAUGCGUUGUUCAUCAUCAGGCAUUGUAAAUUACAACGAUAUUGAAAAGGUGAAAUCAUCAGCUAUAUCGAUGUGUCAAACGACUCAUUUUGAUCCUCGAUGUGUCGCUUCAUGUGUUUCAAUAUGUCUUGCUAUUGCCUAUAUGUUGCAAACACCAGAUAUCAGUGAUAUCGAAUCACUUAUUGCUCGUGUUCAACAAGAAACAUUGGAUACACUUGGUGAUGAUCUUUCUCCUCAAUAUCAAGAAGAAUUUCUAUGGCAUACAAGUAAAGAUCGAACUCUGGAUGAUCUUGGUUUAGAUGAUGAGCGAGUUAUUGGUUAUACUUACAAAUGUUUAGCAUCGGGUUUCUAUGGAUUAAGAUCGACACGAUCUUUCUCAGAAACAUUGAACGAUCUCAUUCGACAUGGUGGUGAUGCGGAUACUAAUGGAGCAGUAUGUGGAACAAUGUAUGGUGUAAGAUAUGGAUAUCAUUCAUUGCCUACUGAAUGGCUUCGAGCAAUGCCUUACAAAAAAUGGUUCGAUCAAAAGAUACUUCAUUUACUUGAACACAUGAACCUUAUCGAUGGAACAACAUAA